CAGUGCCGUCGUUUGCUGGACAUUUAAUCUCUCCCCGCGUUGGGACCUGCAUGGCCUAAUCUAUUGUGUUAUUAUAUCUAUGGACUGAACGACUGAACAGCUGUUUUUUAGCUGUUACCAGCCAGAGUUACAGUAGUUCUGCAGUAGUGGCAGUAGUUCAAUAGUCCAUUUUUGUUUUUGUUUUUGUAGUUACUCUGUGUUCUUUGAAAUAUAGGUCAUUGUCGUCGUACACAAAUACACCACAGCAGAAAAUAUACACACAAAGAAAACAGAAAGAGAUUGUAUUUGACCAUGUACUUAACCUUUGAAACACUUAGGCUGACCUGAAAAGAUGUCAGGAGAUUCAAAAGGAUUUAUAGCAGCAUUAGACAUAGGAACAACAACAAUCAAAUGCCACAUUAUCAAUUCUUCAGCAAGAUCUAUUGGAUUUGCUUCGCAUUUAUGUACAUCAGUUGUCAUCAUAUUAAGUCACAUUAUUUUGCUCGGACAAUUAUCAGAAAAAACGGAAUAAGGGCGCUAUUUUAAUAUUUAAUAAGUGUAUACAGACAACAUGAUGACUUCGAGAGGUCAAAAAAUAUUACAAAUUACACUAGCACAAGCCCAGUGCAACGAAAUAUCUGAAAAACCUGCUAUAACCUCACAUUUUCCCGAGAAUGCUUUUGUUGAUGCUAACACCGAAGAAGCUGAGAUCGUUAUGGAGAUAUAUCCAGCCACUAAUAACGUGACGGACAUCCCUCAGGAAAAUUUGAAAGUUCUUGCAACUGGAUGUGGCAAUGCUUCAGAGGAUAUUAUUGCUUUGAAUAAUGAUGUGUACAAUACCAUAUUUUUUAGUAAAAAUAAUGUGUCUUCUUCCAUUAGCGAAGAAAUUCUGAGAGAAAAUAUAGACGAGUCUAAAGUACCAGAAAACUCACCAGAACAUUUUGUUCAAAGCAGUAGAAAUGAUAAAAAUAACGAAUUCGAAACAACUUCAAAUAUUAUUUUUCAACAUAACGAUGAUGGACCUCACUAUAGAGCAGCUGAAGUAGAUGCAAGUGUGUUACAUAAAGAAGUCUAUACUGAAGCCGAGGACCCAUCUUAUCUACCUGAUGAAAGUAGUGAUACAAAUGAACUGGAAGAACAAGAGGAAGAAGUUGUAGAAAUACUAGACAUUAAAGGAAAGAAAAGAAAAAGAAAUAUUGCUAAUUGGAAGAAAAACAUUAGAAAGCAGAAGAAAGCUGCUGGUGAAGAAUAUCUAUCAGCCACCAAUAAACUUAUUGGAAAAAAUGAAAUGAGACCACCUUGUCGUGAUGAAUGUAGAAAGCAGUGCAAACAGAAUAUAUCAGUUGAGAGUCGUGCUCUAAUUCACUUACAAUUUUGGAAUGGUACUAUCGAACUUGACCAAAAAAGACAAUUUAUAGCCAGCUGUAUCGAAGAAGUUCCAGUUGAGCGAGUACGUGCUAGAACAGGAUCUCGUGCUGGAAAAAGAAUGACGUCGUUGAAAUAUUUUUUUAGUGUAAAUGGUAAGAGGCUUAGUGUGUGUCGUACUUAUUUUCUUAAUACCUUAAAUAUUUCACAAACCACGGUACGCAAUGCAUUAUUAAAAAGACAACUUGGGGGAAUUGUAACACCUGAUCAAAGGGGUAAACAUGAACCCUCUAACAAAAUAGCCGCAAAUGUAAGAAACGAUAUAAGAGAACACAUACAGAAGUUCCCGUGUGUAGAAUCUCAUUACUCCAGGAACAAAUCCCAAAGAAUGUAUUUAGGCAGUCACCUCAACAUUUCUAUAAUGUAUCGGUGCUUCUAUGAGGAAUGUGUAGAACGGCAAAUUCCCAAAGAAUAUAUUCCUAAGCAGUGGUUAUAUAAUGAAAUUUUCAAUUCUGAAUUUAAUUUAGCCUUCAAAGAACCAGGGAAUGAUACAUGUGACACAUGUGAUGGGUAUGUUAUCAAACUCAAAGAGUCUGUAUCUUUAGAAGAACGCCUUGAAUUACAAACUAAUUAUGAUUCUCAUCUUUUUGAUGCAGAUCAUCGGUAUAAACUAAAGCGACUGGAUAAAGAGACUUCUAAAACUGAAGCAAACACCAAAAUACUUUCGGUGGAUUUACAAAAAUGUUUACCCACUCCUCUACUGACGAAUGCUCAGAGCUUCUAUUCUAUAAAGCUAUGGACUUUCAAUUAUACUGUUUAUGAUGCAAUAGAGAAAUUGGGAUAUUGUUUCACCUGGGAUGAAUCUAUAGCCAGACGUGGUGGAAAUGAAAUGGCUUCAUGCAUUCUGAAAUACAUUAAUUUAAAUGUAAAAGAAUCAGUAGAACGAAUUGUUAUCUGGAGUGACAACUGUCCAUCGCAAAAUAGAAAUAUCCAAAUGAUUAUGUGCUAUCUUUCGAUUCUUAAGCUGAAGCCAUCAAUAAAAUGCAUUGAACAUAAGUACCUUUUAAGAGGACAUACCCACAUGGAGGUGGAUACAAUUCAUGCACGAAGAGAAAGACAAAAGAAGGCUUCCAGCCAAUUUUCGUUAAUAACUCCAUGGGAUUGGCAACAGCUUUUCAGACUUUGUGACAAUAAAUUGGAGGUAGCUGAAAUGGAAACCAUGGACUUUAAGAAUUUUACUCUUUUGUCUGAAGAUUCUGGAUUUCAUUUUCAAAAUAACAAAAAAAUGAUAACUAAUCAAAACUUUUUAAUAUCCAAAGUUGUUCAUAUGAAGUUUUUAGCAGAAUCACCUGGAGUGUUGCAUUUUAAAACAAAUUUUAAUCAAGAGAAUUUUGAACAAGUUGAUUUUAAUAGAGCUGCCAAAAGACUACCACGCAAAGGGAAAUGUAUUGGUAAUUCUAAGGAAGUUGUUCCCAAUACCAAUUUAAUUUUGAAACCGAUAAGAAACCUAUUUCGACUAAAAAAUAUAACGACCUGCAGAACUUAUUAAAAUGGGUGCCUAAAAGAUUCCACGAUUACUUUAAAAAUCUUCCACAUGGUAACCUCAAGGAUGACGACUAAAAAAUACAAUGAUCUUUAUUAUGAAUUUUCUGUUUAAAUUUAGUUAUAAAUAUUCCUUUGUAACAUUUUGGUCUGAUUUCAUUUAUAUAAAAAAAUAGAUAUUUUCAGUGUCUUUUUGUGUUUUAUUAUUUAAUUGGAAUUGAUAUAAUUCUGUUCGUACUUUGCAUUGCUCUACUAAGAGUUUCUUAAGUAAUAAUAGUAUCUAAUCCAUGGUUUCUACAGAUUAGUACGAGCUAAACAGUAUUAAGUCACAAAAUAUAGUAUUAAGUCACAAGAUAUUAAGUCCGUUGCUAGAACCAAAGAGUAUUAAGUCCCAUAAGUAAUUUAAAACUAUUUAAAUAAAUUAAAGUAAGAUGAUAGCUAUUAUCAGCUUUGUUUAUCUUUAAAAACAUAACUGGGAAAAUAAUAACCCGCGUACUCCAAUUUACCAUAUGAAUCGGUUUGAAAAAUACAAUUUUUCAAAAUCUUCAAAUUGCUCUCCUGUAAAAUUUAAAAUACAGGACUUAAUACCGUUUGGCUCUG